AUGAACGAGAACCAGACCGCGGGGCCGGCCCCAUCAGACACCCCAGUGCGUGAGAAGGAAACCGCCCACGAGCAGGCGCAACAGCCUGAGGGCGUAACGGAAACCCCCACGGAGAACCAUGACCCCAACUAUUACCAAAACUACUAUUAUGAGCCCUCGGAUGGAAAUUAUUAUUAUUACCCUACACAGGAUGAGGUGGCUAACGAGGCGGCCCAAGCCGCAGACGAGGUUCCUGUCACAGCAGAAAAUCUGAUUCGUUCAUAUGAGUUUGAGGAUUGGGAACCUCGUUCCUACGGCUGGUUCAUCGAUAUUAUUUUAGAGAUUUUUACGUCCGUGGAGUUUAGGCUGUAUCUUUUUUUUCUACUUUACUGCGCUGGGGCCCUGCUGCUGCUUCUAGCGUUAAACUGGUCCUUUGAGGUGCUGUUUAGAAUGCAUGUCUCUCCAUCGGGCAGACAAUUUGACGCUUCAUAUCUACUUGGGUUUUUCACAGUGUUUAUUCUCUUGAGCUUCACCUUGGUGACUUGCUUUUGCACCUGGAUGGAUAUGCUAAAGGGUCUGAAGCACCUUAAGCGCGAGGACGUCUACUUUUUGGGAAUGUCCCAUUACGCGGCAAAAAACCCACCGUACAUUAUUUACCUUGUGAUUAUCAUAGCAACGACCCUAUUUCCGUUUCUCUGGGGCGUUAUCGCAACUGCCGCAAAUAGCCAGUCACCUCUAUUCUUUGCCCAGUCGUAUGCGUUCAUUUCCAUCAUUGUUACCAUGUUUGGUAUUCUGCUUUGUUACAUUUGGUUGUACUGGACUGCAUUGAAAUUGAAGCGGCUGGCGUUUAAGAGGCGUCAAGAGCGGGAUGAGUUUACGCUUUGGGCAAAGGCGUCGAGUAUGAGGGGUUCGCGAACUCUGAGAAAACGCUGGUAUCAUGCCUCUACCGUCUUGGAAGAGUUUGGGCUAGACGGAAAAAGUUUGCGUUGGAAUGCUGUUGUAUUUACCAUUGGCUACGUACCGUUACUCGCUCUUUACGUAGCUCAGGCGCUCAGAAGCUACAUUGGGGAUCCGGAUGUUACAUGGGGAGCCGUUUUCAGCAUCACACUUACAUGCGUCUAUGUUCUUUCGUGGAUGUCGCUGCUGCGUCGGAGAUCUCAGUGGUCUGUAUAUUCAUCUUUCUUCCUUAUCGCGGUUUUGCUUGUUGUUGGUGUCGUGUGCGGCGGCGUGUUAGCCUCCAAGGCGUUGCUGCUUUUGGUGAUUGUACUCUUCAUAGCCGCACAGGGGAUGCUUGCCCGCAAAACGCCGCAUAAGCUAACUAGAAAGGAGCAGUGCGCUCUUUUUCAGAUCCCUUUGGACGCUGAAAUGCAACACGAUGCGCAGCGGCGCAGGUUUGAUACACAUCUGCUCUGCUGCCGGGAUGCCGUUAUGAGAUGUUUGAGAUGCUUUGACGUGAAGACGUUUUUCGGUUAUCGUCACCCCGACAUUGUCCGCGCUGAAGGUCGGUAUGCGCGCGAUAACGUUGCCAUCAGGACAGAUCAAAAGGUGCUUCUGUACUGGUGGCUGAUCCUCAUGUUUGCCCUGGCGUUUGUCAUUUGCAUCGGGAACGUCAUUGUGUACCGCUUCACCGACAAUAUUGCCGCAAAAGGCGCCCCCAUCCCCGCCCACAGCCCAAUGCUGCCGCUGUGUAAAUUGCGGUACAACCGCAACGGCUCGGCUCCGCUUACCAUAUAUGACUUGUCUCUCUUGAGUGCCCUCGCCUACACGGUGGCGGGGUACGGCGACGAGGACUUUGUGACGUGGUUUUCGCAGUUUCCCCAACUCGUCCGUCAGUAUCCCCUCCGUCUCCAACCCAACUGGGAUUACGCAACAAGUGGAGUGGCGAUUCCGUUUUCGGACUACACCGAUUUGCGCAGCGACUACCACUUUGUGACGUUGAAUUCCAACAACCGAGGGUUAUCGCUUCUGCGCAACGUUGACGAAUGGGGGACGUCUAUGGCGGUUCAGGUGGCCGGGGCAAUAUCGCCUCUGAUCAGCAUCUGGCCUGAGAGUUACCGGGCCUCCUUUGUGUAUGGCGCCUCUUUCUUAUUGAGGUGGAUUCCGGCCGUGGAUGCCCUCAAGGAUGUCUCGGACUACCUUGACGGCUUGAUUGCGGCUGGGAAAGAAGAUCGUAUUCUGCUUAUCGGCGAUCAAUUCAACGGUGGAUAUGCCAAAAUUCUUUCCCACAGGUAUGGCUUGCCCUUUGUCGCCUUCAACCCUCCUGGCACCAAGUACAAGCUGCCACUGCUGGACAAAGGGGUUCAGAUUGCCUUCACCCGUGGGCUUCUCUCCUACGUAGACUCCCUUGAGGACACCUUGGACACCAUCUACUUGGCGUGCGACAGCAGUUACUCCUCCAGCCGCUGCAGUAAAAUUGAGACCACCAUUGACGAGAUCGGUGCAUUGUGCGGUGAUCCCUACGGACGACGUCUCAAGUAG